CUUGGCUUCCCUUCCCUUGGUUCUUGUGUGGAGUCUUGUAGUCUGUCAGUCAGACAAAUCCAAUGUUGAAAGUGGAGGACGGGCCGGUAGCGCACGGACACCCCCCACAUCCCCACCCCCUUUAACAUUGGUCAUCCUUCGUAGGAGGCACGCACUCUCUCGCUCUCUCUCUCUCUUUCAAGCGGUCCCUGUCACGCACGCCUUUCCUGGUCCACCCUGCGCGCACAUUCUCACCUCCCGAGAGCUCGUACACUCGGUGCUCCGCCGCAGUCAAUCACCGGACCCGCUUUCUUUUCUGGGCCGAACCCAAUCGGAGAAACACCAAUUUCAGUGCCUUUGGGAGGACUCCUGGUAAUGGUCAGUUUAGCUGCCCUGCGUGAUGCCUGAUCAUGACAGUGCCGCGCUCCUAACCAGACAGACCAAGCGCCGACGAGUGGACAUCGGUGUGAAACGGACCGUGGGCAGUGUCACGGGGAUCCUACUCGACAGCAUGAAUCAAUCUCAUAGCCCUGAUCGGGACGGAGAUUGCUCGCUAGUUGGUCGAGGCCACGGCAGCACCAACGGUGAUGGUGAGAAAUCCAAUGUUCUGAGGAAAUUACUGAAGAGAGCCAACUCAUACGAAGACACCAUGAUGCCUUUUACCGGGGCAACCAUCAUCUCACAGCUUCUAAAGAAGAAUAUAGGGAAGAAUGGGGGGAGUGACUCUGGCUUUCAGGGUAGUGGAGCGCUGUCCAGCGGCGGCUCGGAAAUCCAGGCUGAAGAUGCCUGCAGCAAUUCCUCCUCCCAGGACCGCGACAGCCCAUCCAACUGCCUUUCGCCGGGACCUCUCCCUUCAGCACCGCCAUCAUUCGGACGACCCUUACCUCCUUCAAACCUCAGUUCCCACAGUCAAACACUGCCCCUUGCCUCAUUUGAUUUAGACAGGCUGUCGGAUGAGCACCUUCGAGCGAAGCGGGCUCGGGUGGAAAACAUUAUCCGUGGUAUGAGUCAUUCACCGCUUGUCCGAUCCAGCACUGACGAUCACAGCCAGGAAAGCAACCGGGACAACGAUAACGAGCACAGAGGUGACGGCAAUGGUCACGGCCACAGACGAAGCGACUGCACAUCUUCUCUCCUCAGCUCUCCUGGUUCGCGGACAGGGGGUCUCAAUGUCGGUGAGGUGUACCGGGAGAACAAGAGGAAGCAGCGCCUGCCUCAGCAACAGCACAGCUUUGCCCAGCUGGUGUGUUCCAGGCAGGAGCAGCGGCAGGAGGAGAGGCGACAGCUUAAACUGCAGUUGGAAGACAUGCAGAAGCAACUACGCCAACUCCAAGAGAAAUUCUACCAAAUCUACGACUCCGAGACAGAAGAGGAGGAGGAAAACCGCGAGGGUGGUGGGGUGGACCGAAGCGCUGAAAGAGAUGAGGAUGGUAACCUUUCUGAGGACAGCAUCCGCUCUGAUGGCCUAGAGGAGAGGCACAGAGACAGAGGGCGGCGCCGUCAUGAUGACCUGUCAGACCUGGACCCAGGCUUGUUCCUUGACCGAGCCCGAGCCCUGCUGCGACAACAGGCCUUGAUGGAUAGGGAGAUGGAGGAGGAUGUGGUGGGGCGGUCGGGGGAGGACGAUGAUGAGAGGAAUGGGGAGAGAAUGAUGAAGAGGCAAGGGGGGAGGCAGUUAGCCGAGACACUGAAGCAGGAGCUCAAUUGUGCCGUCUCGCAGGUUGUUGACACGGUUGUUAAAGGCUUCUCAUCACCCAAGCAGACCGUCAGCCACAAUCAUGGCUGCCACAGCACACCGGUUGCCCCGUCAUCUUCCAACUCAUCCUCCUCUGGUCCUCUUCCCUUUGGCCCGUUGCCUUCUCUCACCCCAGACCAUCGUUUUGGUGGUAGCACCUUUGCCCUCAAUCUUCAUGGAGAUGGCAGCCCCUCCUCCAACUACCACUCCUCCAAUCCGAGGCUCCAUUGCUUCGGUGACAUAAUCGUACCGAGCCCAUUGGACUCAUUCAGUAGUCUGAGCGGAAGGCUUAGCGGAGUGCCGACACCAAACGAUCAAACGGAAGCACUCCCGUUGGUGGUGCGCAAAGGUGCUGACAGCAGCAGCGGAGAAGAGAAUGGGACCCCCUCUCUUCCUCCACCACCACCGCCUCCACCCCCUCAUCAUCCUUCCAUCCAUCCUUCCCCUCUCACAACUUCUCUUGGGUUCAGCCCUCCAUCCUUUCGCCAUCCCUUCCCCCUCCCACUCAUGGGCUACCCUUUUCACAGCACUCUGGGAUCGCAUAGCGGGGGCACAGGGUAUGCCCCGGGGCUGAAAGACCACCACCACAUUCACUCCUCCCCAGAUUCAAUGGACAUGACCCGUGAAACUGUAAGCCUGAGAACCAAAAUGGCCACUCUAGGAGGCUCACACCUGGGUCACCACCACAACAGGCAGAACUCUCCGAGUCAACACGGGCCAGAAGGUUUGUCGCUGUCGCUCAUUAAGUCUGAAUGCGGCGACCUAGCAGAUAUGGCUGACAUAUCACCAUACUCAAGCAGCACUAUCCAAGAGGGUUUAUCUCCCAACCACCUAAAGAAGGCUAAGCUCAUGUUCUUCUACACUCGUUAUCCGUCCUCCAACAUGCUUAAAAUCUUCUUCUCUGACGUCAAGUUCAACCGCUGCAUCACCUCCCAGCUGAUCAAGUGGUUCAGCAAUUUCCGUGAGUUCUACUACAUCCAGAUGGAGAAGUACGCCCGGCAGGCCAUCAAUGAGGGCGUGACUGCCGUCGAGGAACUGGCUGUGGGCCGCGAUGCCGAACUCUUCCGGGCGCUCAACAUGCACUACAACAAAGCUAAUGACUUUGAGGUGCCUGAUCGAUUUCUCGAGGUGGCCCAGGUGACUCUUCGUGAGUUCUUCAAUGCCAUCGUGGCCGGCAAAGAUGCUGACCCUUCAUGGAAGAAGGCGAUCUACAAGGUGAUCUGUAAGCUGGACAGCGAAGUCCCAGAUACUUUUAAGUCCCCAAACUGCCUCCAGGAACUGCUCCAUGACUGACAAGGAGGCAGGAAGCCCAAUGGGCUACUCUGGACCACCGCGACAAACAUGAAAUUGAACAAUAUGUCCGAAGGAGCUGUUCAGUGAUGCUCGGGAAGGAUCCUGAGAUGCAAUGAAGUUUGUUAUGGACAAAGACAACAUUCUUCUGGACGGUCACAAGAAAUACAAGAGUUUCAUUUGAAGAUGUUCCUCUUCCUCAGCCGUUCCUGCAUGCUCUUCAUCCUUUUGCUGACAGAGACUGGAACCAACGAGAAAUGGAAAAAUAUAAUAUAUACAAAGCUCUUUUUAUUGUGGAUGUUUUUAAGUGUGAUGGGCGUUUCUAAGGAAAAAAAAACGUGAUGUUCCUGUAUUUUUGCUGUUCUCCUUUGUAUGAGCUUACACAAUCUCACAUGCACGCCAACACACAUUUCUUGAUUAGUAAAAUUCCAUAGCAUUCCCAUCAAACUGUUCAUUUCCCUUCUAUGUUUACAUUCUGUUUGUCUCAUUCAGUGUGGCAAGACAUGGAGGUUUUUGCUCUGAAAGUAUGACAUGUCAAGCUUACGUUGCAUUCAGGCAUUGCCGAGAUUCAAUGAGUUGGACAUUAAUAAGCCUGCUGUGUUUUUUGGUGUGUUUGCAGCUUAAUUUGUUAAAGGGAUUUGUUUGUUUUUCCAGCAGGAGCAUUAAAGAAAAAUGAGUUUGCACUUAUUUUAUUUUCGAUGAUACAUCAAUCAAAAGACCUAACGGCAUCUUUAUUUAAGUGAAAAGUGGACUUGCUGUAUUUAAGUGUUUUACUGGCCACAACCAAUAAUCCUUUGCCUCAACAAUCAUUCCUAUUUCUGCUGGUUCUGGAUUUUCACAAUUACAUCCUCUUCCCUGGUGGAGUGUUGACUGCUUUCAGUGAUGAAUAACAAUUUGAGCGUCUUUAAAAGCACUCGUGUCUCACAUGUCUGCAGACAAAUUAAGAAGAAAAAAACAGUUGUUCAAUUCCUCUAUUUUCUCUGCACAUUCAUGAGGUUAAAGAAGCUGACAUGAGGUGAUACGUUCAGCAGCAUAAAAAAUGCACUGCUGCACAGAAACUCUUGACGACUCCCAUUGUUUUAUUUAAUGCUGAUUACUGCUGUUAAUAAUAUUCUGAGGCCUAUUAUUCUAAUUAAAGCUUGCUACAGAUUUGACCUCUGGUUUAGUCAUUCAUCACACUACAACAUGAAAAUAAAUUAUUGACAAAGAAAAGUGGAGUACGUUGUAUUUUAUGGCAUUCACCAUCAAACCAGGCAGUAACCAGGCAACAUGAUGGCCACUUUAACUGCACCGUCCUCUCUGGCUGUAUUCUCCAUCAGGACAUGUGAUCCCUCCUUGUUGUUGCUGAUGAAUUGAAAAGAGGAGUGCUGUGUGAUUAUUGUCAGCACAAAAGCCUCAAAAAGCUGCUGACGCCUAGAUUAGCCAGUACAAAGACGCAGGGGCAUGCACACACACAGACGCACUCGUGAGUACACACGCGGCCCAUCUGCCCUUGAUACACGACCAUCAUCCUCAGCGCUGAUGUGCCCCUGUUUUCGGUGUCCACACCUCUGCAAGCCUCCUUCAUUAGAGCACUUUCAUCUCCUCGAAUGACACUUACCAGCACUGUACGCACCCUGGUUGCGAACCACACAUGCCAGUGUGCUCUGGCAUAACAUGGCACCAUCACCGGCAUGGGCUCAAUUGCCAGCAAUCCAGUGUACGUCAACAACUUCCACUAAAGGGACACACAAUGGAGUGCACACAUCUGCCAAACCUGAUACUAACACAAAACUCGAGGCACAUUUCAGUUGUUAAUAUCGUAUCACUAUUUUCAGUUGUCAAUAUUUAUUUUAUAUACCUUUAACUUCAAAGCAAUAUCGAACCUAAGGCUUUCUAUUUUCAGUUGUCAAUAUUCAUUUUAAAACCCAUGACUUUAAAGCAAUAUUGAACCUAAGGAUCAUUUGUGAAGUUGUCUGCAUUCCGAAAAGUAAAAUACUGCAUAAUAAUAUAAUAAUGGGUGCGUACUGUAACUAUAAAAGCAUUACUCUCAGUGUUAGUUUCAAUGCAGCCUGUUUUUUAAAGACCCUACCACUUACAUAGAAUUGAAGAAAGUUUCUGUCCCAUAAAAUGGAAAAAAUAGUUUUUACAGAAGUGUGAGGAUUGCAGAAAAACUAGGGCUGUCACACGAUUAAAACUUUUCAUCGAGUUAAUCACAGCUUAAAAAUUAAUUAAUUGUAAUUAAUCGCAAUUCAAACCAUCAAUAAAAUAUGCCAUAUUUUUCUGUAAAUUAUUCCUGGAAUGGAAAGAUAAGACACAAGACUGAUAUAUAUAUUCAACAUACUUGUCAAGUUCAAAAAAAGAUCCUUAGGUAGACAUUUGUAAAAUUACCCAAAAAUAAGGAGAGAAGACACUCAGUUUUUUUGGCCAAGGAGAGCAAGGAGGGACUAGACAGUGAAAUGCUAGAUUACGCUGUUUAGUCACCAAAAUUGAUCUAAAACUAAACUCCUUGCUCUUUCUUUUAUUAGGGGCGUGUCCUAACACAGAAAGGUGCCGCCAUAAAGGGAGGGGGAAAGCAAGCUGGAGACACCCAUGUGAUUUUGAUUGGCUAUGUGUGAGCAUGUAGGCGGAACUAACUAAAUACACGUGUGUAAGCAAGGGCAUUUAGAUAAAGUGGUCAGAAUGACCCAGACACUUCAGUUAUGCAACGCUGCAGCCAUUGAAGAUGUCCUCGAAUGGAAGAUGUCCUCGAAAGUCUAGACGUAAGAUGCUGAAGAUGUCCCAGAAGGUCUAGUUACGCAAUGUUGCGGCCAUGAAGCAAGGCAGUUGUCACCCCGACCCUCUUUAACACUUUAUAACACUUUAACCAUUACACUAUAACCUAUUAUAGCAAGCAAUAAUCAUUUACUGGUUAUAUCAAUAAGAAGAAAUAUGUAUUAGAUAUAUAUGAGCACAAGCAAAUAUUCAAUCAACCCUCGAUAAUUAACUCAACAAUACUGUACAUAAGUACUGUAUUUAUUUAUUAUAACAAUAAAUCAACAAGAUGGCAUUAACAUUAACAUUCUGUUAAAGCGAUUCAUGGAUAGAAAGACUUGUAUUUCUUAAAAGAUAAAUGUUAGUACAAGUUAUAAUUUUUUAAAAUUAAAACCCCUCUUAAUGUUUUCGUUUUAAUAAAAUUUGUAAAAUUUUCAAUCAAAAAAUAAACUAGUAGCUCGUCAUUGUUGAUGUCAAUAAUUACACAAUGGUCAUGGUGCUGAAACCCAUAAAAUCAGUCGCACCCAAGCGCCAGCAGAGGGCGAAAAAAUACCAAAAAACACAAGUAACAAGUGGACAUGACACUGUGCUGUCAUUUUAUUGCCUGGCACGACCAGACUGUUCUCCCUGUAUUUUUCAAACACUGAGAGAAAAGUCUGGGAGCCAGCCCAUUAACGGCCUCUCGAGCAGGUACAAAAUCAAUCGACAAAUCAGAUUCGUUUAAUUGCGUGACGUGUUCUUAGCGAGCAAUGUCACUCUUGCGCGUCGGAAGUCGUCUCCACAACAACACAGAUGGUGAACAGGAGAGCCGAGAACAUGUUCCAAUCCACGGUAAAAUCAGUUUUAAAUUACCAAAAACACAUCGA